AUGGAUGCUUCAAAGGCUCAACCAGCUCUCAAUUUUGAUAGUAUGGUUGAAAAGGAAAGCAUAAGCAUGUUCUUUAAACUUUUUGCUUCACUUUCAUUACUUGUUCUGCAUUCACUCUUGGCGAAGAAAGAGGAGACAGAACCUGCCUCGGAUAAAGGAACUAAUGAUCAUGAUAAACAGUUCAUUGAGCAUCUUUGUUUCUUGGUUUUCUUUCUGUUAAUACAUGAGGAGCAGUUCAACAUAUUCUGUAUUAUGAGCUUUAAUUACUGCCCGGACACAUUGAACCGAGAACGUGAGAUAUCAGUCGAACAGUAUACAUUUUGUCAAGUUCGAUUUUUUCUAGACUAUUACGCUCAGUGCAUGACACAAUAUAUGUCCUCAAGUGCUCAUGAAUAUGAGACGCAACAGCAAUUGAAUGAAAAGGAAGAUAAUGGAAAAAGAUUGCCUCUCGAGGAUAUAACGGACCCUUAUGCAGGACAGUAUCCUCCUCCGCCACCAUUACCACCAGAGGAUGUAGCCGUAGAGCAACGUCAGCAUAAUUAUCCUAUUACAUUACAAAACCUGCAGCAAGAAUAUCCUUCACAGGACGAAUCAUUCCACCUUGUUAGUCAACAGCAACAUCAUCAUUCUAAUGGAACUACGACAACAAUAGCUUCCACAGCAUCGAAUCGUACACACCCAUAUGAUCGCAUGAACAGUCAAAGAAGAAGUACAACUUCUUCGUUUUCAUUCUCUCAAAAACAAAAAUCGCGUCCAUCGUCAUCCGUUCUCUUCCCUACUGAAACUGAGGAAGUGAAAGAAGCAGUGAUAUCUGCACAUAAUACAAAAGCAUCGAAUUCUGCAAAUCAUUUACAACAGCAGCAGCAUGCGAUGAUACCUUCAGCGUCUCUUCUACAACGAGGACAUUCCUAUGAAACCCCUUCAGCUGAUAAUCAUCAUCACUCUAACAUUGCUGCUACGACUCUAACGACGUCAAACAGGAAUAGCAGUGAGUACAAUGACUCCGAAGCAGUUGAUCUAAGGGAGUAUUUAAGAGCCGAGAGAGAAGAGAAAUUACGAGAAGAAGCAAGAGUAAAUGGGCAGCAAUUACGUCAAAGCCAGCCUACAUCAAAUUAUGUACACUCUUCAUUUGGCAGUAGCGUGCAUGACAAUGAACAACCCUCAUCCUAUCACAGAAGGAGCAGCAGCUAUUACUAUUCGCCAUCGAGUCCAUACCAACAACACUAUGCACCACAUACUUUACCAAUAGCCGUAACAUCAGAUUCUGUAUCCUAUUUUCAUGACAGGUAUCCACAUCCAGCAUCGUACGAAAAUGAAUUUUUGUAUAACAAUAACAAUAGCAACAGGAUGAAUCAUCUGCCAUCUGAAUUCUCGCCACGGCCUCAAGCUUUGUUUAUGGGACCACCUUUUCAUCAGCCUUUGCACCAUCAUCCUGCUGCUACCCUUACUUUAGACUACUCACAGCAACAUGGUUUUCCCAAUCCGUCCUCUUCUUCAUUUCCUAUAAAUGCAGUACCGUUGCAUCCUUCACAUCAUCAAUACACUCUGCCAACGCAGCAACGACAAGGAAGCCAUCCUUCUUUAUUCUCGCCUCCUUCAAAUGUCACUCACAUAGUGGCGGCACCUCCAUCACCGACUACUAUGUUUGAAAAGAUUGUCACUUCUAGUAGCAGCAACGGGCAUUGGCCUGUUUCUUUACGUGCCUGUGCUUGGACGUUCAUCUUGUUUAUAUUUCUUUGCAUCGGGGUUGCUAUGAUCAUAGUGAGUCAACUCAUAAGUGACAAGUGCGAGAACUCAAGUGACUAUAGGAAUGAUCCAAAUAACGUUACAGUGUGCGGUCAAGUGUUCCACAAUGGACUAUUAUAUGCUGGAGUAGCCAUUGCAGGAAUUUUAGGAAUUACGAUAAUAUGGAGACUGAUACGUUGGUGUUGCCGCCCUCCGUCAGUAAAACAACCAUUCUGA